AUGCGUCCAUCACAUAUUUCCAUUCUAAUACUCCUUUCGCUCUCCUCUUCUUGCGAUGCAACAGCUCUGAGCAAUUGGAUCAACAGUGACGAUGGUCCUUGGGAUCAGUUUCAGCUAUGGAUGUCGUCUGUCAUUUUUGGUUGGAGAGGCAAAGCCCUGUCCAAGGACGAAACCUUCACUGACACGGGCGCAGAAGUCUUUGCAAUUACCUUUUCGGACCAAGACCUAGCCCACCAUGCGGAUCCAUCUGUGCUGCUGGACAGUCUCAACAUUACCAAAGUGACGCAACUCAAUGGUAUCAAUGGCAAUUCCAAGAACCGAUAUGUUUGGUCCAUGGCGUUGGACGAUGACGAUGGAUUGUACGUGGGGACUCUCAAUCAACUUCAUGACCCUGCCAACUUGACCAGUCUCAUUUGGUCCGUCAUGACAGCUCCUCGUUUGCAACAAUUCGAUGCCAUGGUCGAUACCCUUCUAAGGCAAUGGUCAGGCCUGCCCAUUUCUGAGAAUGAAGGUGCCGAAAUCUACUACAAGGCUGCAGAUUCACAAGAGUUUCAGCAGAAGCUUCAGACGAGCUCUCAAAUAGUCGGCUUUCGAAAGAUGGUCAACUACGAUGGUGAUAUCUAUGCGGGGAGUGCGAAUGGACCUGAUGGCCCCUUCGAUGGCGCUUCGUACGACUUUGACACCUUGUACAGCCAGGGCAGCGGGGCCAAAAUCUAUACCAAUGCCGGGGGCAACGGGACCUUUCAAAUGCUGGACGACCUAGGCACUCUGGACAGUCGCGACAAGACCAUUCGCGGCAUGGUCGUUUCCAGCUACUCGAAUCGGCUCUUUAUGGGCACGGAAGCCUCCAAGUGCGCCAAGGUUGUCAUUUACGACAAGAGCACUGGGGUGUGGAAGAAAAUUGAAAUGGAUGGAGAUCUAUGCACCCAUUCCGUAUCGCAACUGUAUGACUUGGGAGACGGCAAGAUUCUGUUUGGUGUUUGGAAGACGUUGGGGUAUGGAGUCUUCAUGCUGGAUGAGACAGAUGGUGACUCUCUAACCGAACUCAAUACACCUCAAUGGUGGUAUCAUCUUUCUUGCGGAGUGAUGGAAAUACGCGUCUUCAAUGAUCAGCUCUACGUGGGUGUUUUGAGCUUUGUACGCGGUUUUGCGCUGAUCCGAACGCAAAAGGUCAAUGAUCUAUUGAAUCUAGAUGACGGCGAUUGGGAGCUUAUAACUGGAUCCGGCUUUGGUGUACAGCAAAGGGAGCACUUUGGAGAACGCCAGCAAGGAAAUGACUACACUUGGUCCAGCGCAGAUGUGAAUGGCAUUUACUUCAUUGGCACCUUUGCUGGAUCCAGUAGAGACGACAGGGCUCAAUUGUGGGCAUCGACAGAUGGUGCCGACUGGAGAAUUGUUGAAAGCGAGGUCUUUGAUGCCUCUCGCUUCAUGUAUGGCUUUCGGACAAUGGAGGUUACGUCGGAUCAAAAAACAAUAUACAUUGGGUCUGCCGUCAAUUUGUAUUUGCCAGACGAGUGA